AGUUUGUUAGAGCACUGAUUGGUUUUGUUUCCAUUGUUUUGUUGUUGUCCAUUGUUGUCAUGGUCACUUUCCCUGUUACAGCUGCCAGACCAGUUUUGAAGACUUUGAGGUUGAAAAUGCAUUAGGCUAGUUGGAAAUGGCUUUGGUUUCAACAGUGACAAGAAAAGAAAUGGUUUGCUCAUGAUGAGUCAGUUGUGAUUGUGAAGCUAAACAAGAGAUAACGAUAAAGUAAAAACAGCAAUAUGACUUCAGCUACACCGACACCAGUUUUAAAGACAAACGCACGUGGGUUUUGCGGCUGCUGUUCGCUUCAAGCUGGUGGCAUUUUUACAGGAGUUCUUUCAUCAGUAUACAAUGCAUUACUCAUAUAUUGGUUCAUCUCGUCGAUGGGCCGAGUCCACAGCAGUGAUGAUAACUUUCUGGUUGUAACAGUUUUGCUGGAAGUGUUGAUUUUCCUAGCCUUGGUACACAUUGUGGUCAGUGUUCUUCUCAUCCAUGGAGUUGUUAAGGCAAAACCUGAUCUAGUGAUGCUAUGGGUUGUUGUAUACAUCUCCUCAUGUAUCGUGGUCGGUGGUCUUUUCACCAUAACUCUAGCUUACGUCCUCGACAAGGCUUUUCUCUUCAUCAUAUUCCUCAAUUUUCUGUUCAUUUUUAACGUGAUGAUGACUCUUCGGCUGUACAGGGAAAUGAUUGGAGUGAGAGACUCCGUCUAACAGUGUUAAGAUAAUAAACCUACUGAUCAUUGAGUGAACAACGUGUGAUAAUAAUUAACCUCUAUGACAAUAAGAACGUUAAUUUUAUACUAAAAUAGUCAAAUAGGGUGUUAUUACGAUUUUUAAUUUUGAUUUUCUACCAUAUACUGCUGCAUUCUUUACACUUUUACCAUCACUUAAUUUUAAGUUUAUAUUUUGUCCUAUUGUAAGAUAUUUUUACUGUUUGUAAUAAAAUGAUCUCAGCAUAAA